CCUUGAGACGCCCUGAUCUUCUCCAUUAUUACUCUCUCUCAAAAAGCCCUCUUCUCAUUUCAGCGAAUAGAGAUCUUUUGAUGGCGACCGUGACGAUCAAGUGCAUCAAGGCCAGACAAAUCUUCGACAGCCGUGGGAAUCCCACCGUCGAGGCUGAUUGUCACUUGAGCAAUGGAACUGUAGCUAGGGCUGCAGUCCCUAGUGGUGCAUCUACUGGUGUGUACGAGGCCUUGGAAUUGAGGGACGGAGGAUCGGACUACCUCGGGAAAGGUGUUGGCAAGGCUGUUGACAACGUCAAUUCUAUCAUUGGACCUGCAUUGGUUGGCAAGGACCCUACACAGCAGACCCAGAUCGACAACUUUAUGGUCCAGGAGCUUGAUGGAACCAAAAAUGAGUGGGGUUGGUGCAAACAGAAGCUUGGUGCAAAUGCUAUUCUCGCUGUCUCACUUGCUGUAUGCAAGGCUGGAGCCAGUGUAAAGAACAUUCCGCUUUACCAGCACAUCGCCAAUCUUGCUGGGAACAAGAACUUGGUUUUGCCUGUUCCAGCAUUCAAUGUUAUCAAUGGUGGCUCACAUGCUGGAAACAAGCUUGCUAUGCAGGAGUUCAUGAUCCUCCCAGUUGGGGCCUCUUCGUUCAAGGAAGCCAUGAAGAUGGGUGUUGAAGUAUACCACAACUUGAAGUCCGUGAUUAAGAAGAAGUAUGGACAAGAUGCUACCAAUGUUGGGGAUGAAGGUGGUUUUGCUCCUAACAUUCAGGAGAACAAGGAGGGGCUUGAAUUAUUGAAGACUGCUAUUGCUAAAGCUGGAUAUACUGGCAAGGUUGUCAUUGGCAUGGAUGUUGCUGCCUCGGAAUUCUACAAUGAGAAGGAUAAGACAUAUGAUCUUAACUUCAAGGAAGAGAACAAUGAUGGUUCUCAGAAAAUUUCUGGAGACAGCUUGGGGAACGUUUACAAGUCUUUUGUUUCUGACUAUCCCAUUGUGUCUAUUGAAGACCCCUUUGACCAGGAUGACUGGAUCACCUAUGCUAAGCUGACUGCUGAAAUCGGUGAAAAAGUUCAGAUUGUUGGAGAUGAUCUUCUCGUCACCAACCCCACUAGGGUUGCCAAGGCAAUAAAUGAGAAGAGCUGCAAUGCCCUUCUUUUGAAGGUGAACCAAAUUGGGUCCGUCACUGAAAGUAUCGAAGCUGUACGGAUGUCUAAGCGUGCUGGCUGGGGUGUGAUGGCAAGCCACAGAAGUGGUGAAACUGAAGACACCUUCAUUGCUGAUCUCUCUGUUGGUUUGUCAACAGGCCAGAUCAAGACUGGAGCUCCAUGCAGAUCUGAACGACUCGCCAAGUACAAUCAGCUGCUGAGGAUCGAGGAAGAGCUUGGUGCUUCUGCAGUGUAUGCUGGAGCCAAGUUCAGAGCUCCCGUUGAGCCAUACUAGACCUUGAUAUAGAGCACAGAUGCACCCCUGUGCCAUAAGUUGCAUAAUUUUGGUUCCCUGGCUGUUUGCUUCGUUUUUCUUUGUCUCGAAACUGUGAGCCUCUUCGCUGUUGUGGGCGAAGAUGAGAAUAAAUAAUGGUUUUUGUUUUGCUGUAGCAAACCUUUUUGAGGGUUUUACGCUGUAGAUUGCAACUGCUUGCUUGUGUUAUGAUGGUAAGGUUUUUAUCUAAUGGAAGUUUUACUAGGAGCUGAAUUUUCUACUU